CCAUCCUUCUCGGCAGGGACCGCUCGCCCUGAAUCAGUCGGUGAACUUGGACUCGGAUCCCCAACCACCAUGAGGCUAAACACAAUCGCCGCAGUCGAGCUUCUGCUCUCGGGCAUUGCCUCGGCCGUCUUCAACCGCGGCGCUGGCAUGCUCGUUGGUCCGUUUAGCGACGACGACGACACAAAUGCCCUCGGCGUCAACGGCACCAAUGGUUGGGGCACAUUCGACCAGCUCAUCGACCACUCCAAUCCCAAGCUGGGCACCUUCCCCCAGCGGUUCUGGUACGGCACCCAGUUCUGGAAUGGCCCUGGCUCACCCAUCUUCUUGGUGAACCCGGGCGAGCAGAGCGGGGCCAACUUCAACAAGACGUACACGACAACCCAGCGUCUGGCCGGGCUCAUGGCCAAGGAGAUGGGCGGUGCCGUCGUCAUCCUCGAGCAUCGGUACUGGGGAGAGUCGUCUCCGUUCGAGAACCUGACCAGCGAGAACCUGCAGUACCUGACCCUGGAGAACUCCAUCAAGGACAACUCGUACUUUGCCAGGAAUUUCGACGCGCCUUUCGACGACAGCGGCAAGACCACGCCGGACCAGGCCCCAUGGGUCUUCUCUGGCGGCUCAUAUCCGGGAGCUCUGGCUGGCUGGAUCGCCGCGCUCGACCCCGGCACCUUCUGGGCCUAUCACGGGACCAGCGGCGUUGUGCAGGCCAUUGGCGAUUUCUGGCAAUAUUUCCAGCCCGUCCUGGAGGCCACGCCCAAGAACUGCACCAAGGACUUGACCGCCGUUAUCGACUACAUUGACGAGGUCCUGUUGCACGGCAGUGACACUCAGAAGCAGAAGUUGAAGGACAAGUUCCUGCUGAGCGACCUUGAGGAUGCCGACUUUGCUUCUGCAAUUGAGAAUGGGCCAUGGACCUGGCAGUCAACGCAGUUCUAUUCCGCCACAACCCUUGGCUACUCUCCGUACUACCAAUUCUGCGAUUAUAUCGAGAAUGUUUGGCCCAAUUCCACCAACAAAGUUCCCGGGCCGGAGGGAGUCGGUCAGUGCAAGGCUCUCCAGGGAUAUGCCAAGUGGUUCACAGAGGUGUCCCUUCCAGGCACCUGCAAGGAGGCUGGAUAUGACGAGUGGCAGGACGAUCUCAGCACGGGCUGUUUUGCCAACCUGAACGCCUCAAACCCAGCAUACAAGGACCUGUCUCUGGACAAUUGGGUAAACCGGCAGUGGAUGUGGAUGCUGUGCAACGAACCCUUCGGAUACUGGCAGGAUGGCGCGCCGAAGGACCGGCCGUCGAUCGUCUCGCGGCUCGUGGACGAGGCCUACUGGCAGGCACAGUGCCCGCUCUUCUUCCCCGAGGGCGGGUACGGGAUCGCCAAAGGCAAGACCCCGGCUGACGUGAACGCGUACACGGGUGGCUGGUCGGUGACCAACACAACGCGGCUGAUGUACGCCAACGGCGGGCUCGACCCGUGGCGUGACUCGACGGUCAGCUCGAUAUUCCGUCCGGGCGGCCCGCUCGAGAGCACGCCCGAGCUGCCGGUCCGCGUCAUACCCGGUGGCGUACACUGCUCGGACCUGUACGGGCAGAACUGGGACGUCAACCCCGAGGUGAAGCAGAUCGCCGAUGACGAGGUCGAGAACAUGAAGACUUGGGUCGCCGAGUUCUACGCGGAGAAGGGGGCUAAGGGGGUGGCGGGGAGGAAGAGGUGGACUGCGUAGGUCCCCGAAGCUCCCCGUGGGACAAUAUGACGACGCUGGCGGGUGAGGUGGCAAGUGGAUAAUGUAUGGAUGUACCUAUGUGGCGGUGGGAAACGGACACGGUAGAGAUAAUUGUAAAUGGGCAAAGUAUCCAGUAAUUAUCUUCGCCAAGAGUUAGCCCCUGAAUACCCAGUCCCCUCCCUCCCUUUGCUCCUUCGCCGAUGCCACUGCAGAUUCACCAUGCCAACCUUGGACGACUCAAGGAUCCCGAUACUCCAACUUUGCCCUGAAAUGACUUGUAGAAGAUGGCAUAAGGUUUGUUAACUAGAC